GAGAGCAACCCACUUUUUAGUGUUGGCUAACAGCGGUAUUUGGGCCCAGCCUGGCAACGCCCUACAGAAACACAUUUUGUUUGUAACUUAAGAGGAUUUUUAAAUUUUCUUUUGAAUAACUUAGUGUACAAAGUUAAUUUUUGAACGGCACACUUCUGAAAUGGCCCGCACUGAACUGGAGAAAAAGGACAAGCGCCAGGGCAAAAAACGCAAGCACGAGGUGGCUGAGAACCCUGAACAUGCGGCCAGCGACGACGAGGUGGCCGACAAAAGUCUGAUUCUAGCUCCACAGGCAGAUCAAGAGGAGGCCGCAAUAGAUAAACCCGCCAAGAGGCGGCAAAAAGAAGCAGAAGUAUCGGUCACUAAGAAACGUAGCAGGAAAAACCAAGCUGAGGAGCAGGUGGCCACCAGUGGAGGCGAUGAAAGUCUUCCUCAGAAGACCCAAAAGAGAAAACAGGUGCAGGAUGCAAACGAAACCAAAAAGCUGAAACGCAGCAAAACGCAGGAAAGUAACUCGGAAGACAACGACGAUGCGGACUCGCAACCCACAACAGCGCAACUAAAAGAAGCAGCUCGUCCGGAGAACGCUUAUGCAGUGGUUACCGUGCGCCAAAAGAAGAAACAGAAGCACCAGCAGCGCCUCGAGGCCCAAAAGAGUCAGAGCUCCAACAAAGAUGCCAAAGUCAACAAGGAAUAUCUCCUAAAAUGGAAGGAAUCCCGCCAGGAUUGGAAGUUCAACAAACUGCGACAGAUUUCCAUACAACAAACCGCCUUUGAUGUGGAGAAACUGGAUGAGGAGCUGUGGCCAACUGCUCUGGAGUAUUUGGCCAGUUCCCAGGGAGCAGCGCGCUCCAAGAUCAGUCAGUUGGCCGAGGAGGUGAUCCAGAAACUGGACAAGGAGGGCGAGAGACUGGAGGACGAGGCGGAAAGGCGAAAGCUAAUCGAGUCCACGCAGUACCAGCGGGCACGCGAUCUCCUCCAAAGCUUCGACUAGAUUAUUAUGUUAGUUGUUAAUUUUUGCCUUAGGAAUAAAUUACACAUGCCUUCCUAUUUUACAAGAA